AUGGGGUUUAUAUUUUCAAAAUCUAUGAAUGAAAACAUGAAAAAUCAACAGGAAUUCAUGCUUAUGAAUGCUCGACUCCAGCUGGAAAGGCAGCUAAUGUUGCAGAACGAAAUGAGGGAAAGACAAAUGGCUAUGCAGAUUGCUUGGUCUCGAGAAUUCCUCAAGUAUUUUGGAACCUUUUUUGGCAUUGCAGCCAUCUCUUUAACAGCUGGAGCAAUAAGACAAAAGAAGCCAGCCUUCUUCGUCCCUAUUGUUCCAUUAAGCUUUAUUUUUGCCUACCAGUAUGAUUUGGGCUAUGGAACUUUUCUACAAAGAAUGAAAGGGGAAGCUGAAGACAUACUGGAAACAGAGAAGAAUAAAUUGCAGCUGCCAAAAGGAAUGAUCACUUUUGAAAGCCUUGAAAAAGCUAGAAAGGAACAGAGUAAAUUUUUCAUAGACAAAUGAAGCUGUGUUUACUCACUGUAUCUCAAAGCACAAAAUUACUGGCUUGAAUCAUGAUUUUUAUGACCUUUGAAAUGCUCAAGAUUUUGAUAUAAUGGAUUUUAUUUUAAAGUAUUAAAAUACAAAGUGUGUUUUAUGGGACUAUUUUAAAAUAAAAUUUAUAACACGCAACAUAAAAUCAUUUAGGUACUUUAACUUUCAGAUAGUCUUCAUGUGUAUUACCAAUGCCUAAAUGUAAAAUUAAUAAAUUAUU